AUGAGCAUCGCACGGCCGGCAAGAUGUGUGUUUUGCAGCUUUACUCGAGGUGUCUCCGCCGGCACACGAGUGCCUAGUCGCCAAUUCCACCCUUCCCCGACACAGUUCGCGAACCGUAAACCAAAAUUCCCCAACUUCAAAGCCCGAGAUGAGAAGACUUUGGAAGAAAUUACGCGGGAUAUGAAGCCGAAGCACUUUCAGCCGUACACGGAAGAUGAAAAGGCAGGCCUGAAGGAAGAAUACACUCCUGAACAGCUGGCCGCAAUUGAAGCCGGCGAGGCGGCAAUCGACCCCAAAGACAUGGCAGAACAGUUUGCUAUUCGCCGGGAUCCGAUGAAGCUUAACUACCUGGAUGAUUUCUCCACCAUUGAACCUGGCGUGGACAAACAUGUCCGGGCGCCCAAGUCCAACUCCGACUACAACGCGACCCUCAAAAGCGAUGAUGAUUUUGUCGAAGACUUCGCCCGCUUCUUCCAGGAAAUGCCAGAGGAUGCCACCGCAGCUGAUUGGGUGCGGUUCGCUGACACCUUGCGAGUCACCCUGGGCAAGGAGGAGAAUGAAUUGAACCCUCACAGUGCCUUGGUACCGGAUUUGUUCAGCCCGGGGGAGCCCCUGACGGAGGAAACCAAACCUGUCAAGCCUUUUGAGAUGCAAACGUCGCCAAGGUUUGGAGAGAGUGAGGAAAUAACUGAGGCGUUGAAGAGGCUUCUACAGUCCACAGGCUAUGACCAAGUCUUUGUCAAGGGUCUGGCGACGAAGACCCUUGUUUCGCACUCGGUUGUUAACCAAACUCGUCUGGGUAAGGUGCGUCGUAUGUACUGCCUUUCCAUCGCUGGCAACGGCAAUGGUCUCCUGGGAAUUGGAGAAGCCAAGUCCGAGGAGUCCGCCGAUGCCAUCACACAAUCCAAAUACCGAGCCAUCAGAAACAUGCAACCCAUCCCACGGUACGAGGGCCGCACCAUCUUUGGUGAUGUUGAGGGCAAGGUUGGAGCAGCUGAGUUGAAGUUGAUGACUCGUCCACCAGGAUUCGGACUCCGUUGUCAGCAUUUGAUCUUCGAGAUGUGCCGUGCAGCCGGUAUUCAUGACCUCGCCGCUCGUGUCGGUCGCUCGAGAAACCCUAUGAACACUGUUAAGGCAGCUUACGAGGCUCUCAUGAGUCAACGCAACCCAGAGGAUAUUGCCCGUGCUCGUGGCAAGAAGAUGGUCGAUGUCCGUAAGGUCUACUACUCGGGAAGAUACUAA